UGUUUUCGUGCCAAGAAUGCGGUAUUUAUGACGCUCGUCAUUUUCCCACGUGCUCAUCCAACAAAAUUAUAAUCAUCCACAGAUGCGUAUGAUACGGUGAUUUCUCUGUCCGAUAACUAUAAGUAGUGGUAAUAACUGUGGUUACUCUCUUACAAUCCAGAACUCGUAACUUCUCCAUCUUAGCGGUUUUUAAAACAUAAGACGUGGAUAAUACUUUUCAAAUAUAUACGUUCACGGAUAAAUAUCUGUCUAAGAAGAAACCCGUGGAUAUUUCUAAUGAUUAUAAGAUGGUGCACCGGUUCCCGAGGACGCCAUCGCACACGAGGAUUCCAUGGCAUCCGCUUCAGAAACCGGCGAGGAUUAUGCGGACGUAGAUGAUUCCGAUAUGUAUAUGGAGACCGAUGGGACGGAGACGAUGAGGGGUGACGAUCACGUCGAAGAAAGUCAAACGGAUAGAAUAGAAAUCGAUAGAACGACGAUAGAAAAUGAUGAUAAACUUAAUGAAACGAGUACGGAGGAAGGGAAUGGGAAUGAUCAGGAAACGAAAAAUACCGUAUUGUCGCCUCAAACUCAGCCAACCGAGAUCAUUGAUAAAAGUUUAGAAACUGAAAGUCAAAACUUUUUCCCGUCUUUCGCUGAAUUAUUUAGCAAUCAAAGAUUACCAUUUAACGAACAACAACAAAGAUAUAGGCCAAACAGAUUCUUGAGUUAUUUUCAACGGGAUCGUGGUGUAUAUCAAACAGCUUCGACAACAUCAAAAGAGGUUCAACAUCCUCUUUUGGGUUCUGGAAAUUUCGGAGUCAUUCGUGGUGGAACUUAUUAUCCCGAAGAUAGAGAGAACGAGGAUUAUAACGCCGAGGAUAGUCUUUAUAAUCCUUAUUAUCACGGUACGACUGGUCGUGCUCGUGCCAAUUAUUAUAGGAACCCUAAACCACAGCCGGUUCGUGGUGGAGAUUUCUUUGCUAACUUCCGGGAUUUCGCCGAUAUAACGGCACCGCCGAAGUCAAGUUUCUCUCAUCUUUCUGUGGUUUAUGCGAAUAAAAAUGGCAGUACUACGGGACGUAUCACGGAACCUAGAAACAUCAUCGAAACUCUUAGGAUGUUGGAGGAAGAGGAACGUAAUAAUGGAAUGGAAAUAACAACGACCGAAGUACCAAGGAAGAAGUUGAGCAAAGGAAAAAGGAAAUUGAUCAAAAUGAAACAAUACGAGGAGGAUAAGGCGAGAAGAUCACGCGUAUCCGUCGAGCCUCUUUUAGCUUUGAGUUGAGAAUGAACUUUGUGUACUUAAUUAGUGUCUAACGUUUUAACGAACGAGAAACUUUGGGAUCGUUAUGUCCUAUGCGCAAAUAAUCUGGCCCCCUCUCCUCCAAUCCCUCGCGAGAUCGGCAACCAAAGUCUUUACAAAUCCUCUUUUGAUUGUCGGAGGUAGCGAAAAUGAUCGUGAAAGUUGUUUCAGUAGCGUCGAAGGAGAUAAUUUUUUAUUUAUUUUUUUUGUUUUUUUUUUUUUUUUUUUUUGUUUUCAAACAAUUGGCCAUUCCUUGAAAACGAUUCAACGAGAGAAAACGCGUCGGAAUUAUACGUGAAAAAAUUUCGUUAUCAAUGAUAAUAUAUAUAUAUAUAUAUAUAGUAUAUUAUAGAUGAUAGUAACAGCAAUAAUAGUAGCAAUAAUAAGUCUCAUUGACGAGUUAAAUGAAAUCGUAGGAAGUAUCGUGCGUGCGUAUUCAAGACUGUCAUCCGAGAUGUCAUCCAAUAAAAGAAAAUGUAAUGAUUAUUAUCGACCGGAUUCUCAUGGGCACGCGCCAAAUUGAUCGUGCGAGAGCAUGGCGCGUGCACUUUCGUUACGCUCGAGUAAACCUAUAUACCGGAACGAAUAAACGAGUACGGAGAAACGACGACGAGCUCGUUCGCGCGAUAAAACGUGGAACCUACACGAGAGACUAAACACACAAGUCCGGAUAGACGCACGCGACUUCACAUAGUUCUCGUGACCGCCGUAUCUAUAAGUAAAAUAAAAAUCCUCGGCUAUUUAUUUGCAUGCACAUGCCAUCAUAAUCCAUCGUGGCCAGGCGCGAGAGAACUUCUUCUGGUCGGUC